CUUGAUCAUCUACCUGACUUGAAGCUUCUCAGGCUUGAGUUUAAGGCCUUGACCACCAUGAAGCUUCUCAUCCUCACCUGCCUUGUGGCUGCUGCUCUAGCCAGGCCUAAAUUCCCUUUUAGACACCUAAAAUUUGUCGAAAAUCAACCCAUCAACAGUGAGGAAAUCAUCAAAGAAAGACAGCCUCUGAGUUUUUUCCAGACUGCCCCCAUUGAAUUAGGACAGGAAUAUAUCAAUGAAUUGAACAGGCAGGGAGAACUUGAGAGAGAAAAACAGAUUGAUGAAAUCAAGGAAAUUAGAAAUGAAGUAACCCAGGAACAUGUUAUGGAAGAGCGUGAGCCAAGAGAAGUUAGCAGCAGUUCAUCAAGUGAGGAGGUUGUGAUCAACAGCACUGAGAAGCAGUUCAUUCCCAGGGAAGAUCUGCUCUACCCAUUCUACCCGCAACAGCAACUUCUCAGAAUGAAUGAACAUUACCAAAUCCAGAGAGAGCCGAUGAGAGUGAUGAAUCAGCAGCAGGAGGUUCAGUUCUAUCCUCAGCUUCUCCAACCGUUCUACCAGCCUGAUGCCUACCUCCCUGCUCCUUGGUACUACCCCACAGACGUGAUGCAGUAUGUUGCCUUCCCACUUAUCUAUGACAUCACUACACCCAACACCCCUGUGAACGUUGAACAAACUGAUGUUAUGCCAGAGUGGUGAAGAAUUAAGUCAACCCUCAGGAACUCCACAAUUAUGACCAAUGAUGUGACUGAAAAUUUCACACUAUGAAAUUCUCUUCUUUAAUAUGUGAAACCAUUCUAUCCAAAGGCUUUAUUAUUUUGGAAGGACAUCUUCAUUUUUGAGUAAUCUACUCUGUGUUGCAUAGUGUAUCAUCCUUUUUCCUAAAGAAAAUGGUAUUAGUUUAUUAUUUAAAUUCUAGCUGUAUCAUGCCAGUAUGGAAAGCAUCUGGUUAGAAGAUAUUAAGAACUGCUAAGUUUCUGUAAUGGAAAUUUUGUUUAAAAGCCUUUGGAUAGCCUUUUCUUUAAGGGCAAGCUUGUCAAAUAAUUGUGUGCAGUGACUGAGAUGUGUUCUUCCUUUUCUUCAAUAAAUCACAUUUU